AUGGGCAAUGAAUCAUCUACUCCUGUUGACGAGGCUACGCCUCCCACAAGGCUCUAUGCUCGUACCAUCGAGGCUGUUGCUCAGUACAUCAAAGAGAAGGACGUCAAGAACAUUGUGGUCAUGACCGGCGCGGGUAUCAGUACUUCUGCUGGGAUACCGGAUUUCCGAUCGCCAGACACAGGACUGUAUGCAAACUUAGCCAGGUUGAACCUGCCAUAUGCCGAAGCCGUAUUCGAUAUCUCAUACUUUCGCAACAACCCGUAUCCAUUCUACACCCUUGCCCAUGAACUGUAUCCAGGCAAAUACCGACCUACCGUGGCGCACUCUUUCAUCAGCCUCCUUAACAAAAAGGGAAAACUUCUCAAGUUGUUCACGCAGAAUAUAGACUGCUUGGAGCGUGAAGCGGGAGUGCCGGCUGACAAAAUCGUGGAAGCGCAUGGGUCUUUUGCUACUCAGCGAUGCAUUGAGUGCGGUACUGAGUAUCCCGACAAUUUGAUGAAGGAGAUGAUCAGCAAAAAAGAGGUCCCGCACUGCAUAAGGAAGUCUUGCAAUGGGUUGGUCAAGCCUGAUAUUGUUUUCUUUGGUGAAGCACUGCCCGAAUCCUUUCAUCGCAACCGCAGUCUGCCGGCAAAGGCAGACCUAGCAAUCAUCAUGGGAACCAGUUUGACUGUUCAGCCGUUUGCGAGCUUGCCGUCUUUUGUCAGAGAGGACACGCCGCGGGUGCUCAUAAACCUCGAAAGGGUAGGCACUCUUGGGUCUCGGCCUGACGACGUCCUGUUACUCGGUGACUGUGACGCGGGAGUCCGAAAGUUUGCGGACGCUCUGGGCUGGCGGGAAGAACUCGAGCAGCUCUGGGAAAGCACCAACCCUGACAAAGCCGAAAGAGACAGACAAGAGGAGCCGGUGAAGGAUCGCCAAGAACGGCUUGACGAAGAGGUUGAAAAGUUGACCAGGGAUAUUGAUGCUUCUCUGAAACUUUCGAGUGAAGCAAAUCUGAGAAUUCGGGAAGCCUUAGAAAAGGAUUCACCCGAGCCCUCCCAAAACAACUCGACUACUUCACAGCCAACUGCAACUGACUCAAACUUGAACACCACGAACUUGGCGCAUGUCUUCCCUCACCUAAAAUCAGAUAGAUCUGAAAAGCCUUCACUCUAG